AGAGUUUGUUUCCAUGCACGACACAAGUUUAACCAGAGGCAACCUCGCGUCUUUCCAGGGAGACUCUUGGAUUGGCAAUGAUGUCGUGGAUGCAUUUUGCCGAAUGUUGCAAUUCGAUGAUGAAUCAAGGACAAAACUAUUUCUCUCCCCAUACAUAGCUGACAUGGUGAUUCGUUCCAAUGCAAAAUAUUUGACGCACGAUGCAAUUGUUGCGCGUUUUGAUCCAUAUAUGUAUGCCUUUGAUGGUUCGUAUCAGCAUGUUACUCAGGUCUACUUACCGGUCCUUUUUAAAAACCAUUGGACACUUUAUGUCUAUGACUUGCAUAAUAAGCGAAUCCAGCUCCUGGAUUCUCGGCCUGGACAAAAAAGGAGUUGUAUGACUGGAAUACAACAAAAAUUGGUAAGGUUCCUUCCACUCCCCUAA